AUGACCGCUACCCUCUUCCAGGCAUCCCAGGACGGCAACGUCGAACUCGUCAGCUCACUUCUCGAGGAUCCUUCGCUCAACGUUGAUGCUCGCGAUGAGGCCGGACUCACUGCCCUUCACCAUGCAGUUCGAAGCAACCACGUUGAUGUAGUCACGCAGCUCCUCGCCAAGGGCGCCAACGCGGUCGAGGUAGCUCAGGACGCAGCUCUCAAGCAAAACCCGGAAGUCGCUUCGGUCAUCAACAACGCCUUGCAGCUCACCCAGUCCGCUGUCUUCCAGAGCGCACCUGUGAUUGACUCACAUGGAGGCAAACAGCUUCCGGAUGGUACUGUCAGCUACGUUCAGCCUCCUGCUUACCAGGGGCACCCUACGAUGGACGCAUCUAUGCACCAGCAGCAUGCUCUCCACCACCCCAUAUCGCAACCCAUGUACCCCUUCCAGCCUCAGCACAGCUUCUACGACCCUUCUCUCAACCCCGAGCACCGCGGCCAUGCGCCCAAGGAGAGCUCCUCCGGUAGCCUCCCGCCUCCCGAAGUCGCCAAGAUGAUUCCUUGCCGCUUCUUUCCCAACUGCCGAUACGGAGAUAAAUGCAUGUUUGCCCACCCAGUCGCUAUGCCCGCAUCAGCAUCCACCGCUGCUCCCGUUUCGCCUGGUCAAGCACCUAUGUUCUACCAGUCUCCCGCUUACGGCUACCCUGCUUAUGGCCCACCACAGCAUUUCUACUCGAUGGCUCCCCCUAUGCCUAUUCAGUACACGCACGCCGGUGUACCCAUGCCCGUCCACAUGCCACCUCCUCCGCACAUGGCGCAUGCACCGCACUCAGCCGAUGGCGAUGCCUACGCUAACCACUUUGCUGCUCAGUCGCGUCAACAGUUCGAGUCGAAUCAGGUUGGUGAAGCUGGACCAGAAACGGUAGCGAAGGACAGCUCGCAGCAGCCCGUGGCCGAGACCUCCUCUUCCGCCGCGCCCGUUCAAGGCGAUGCCGCCAAUACCACGUCCGCUGCCGAGGCGACAGUCGCUGACAAUGAGGCAGCAAAUUACGACAACUCGAACAACAUUGCUACCUCCUUUAGCGCAUUUAUGGCUCACCAUGCCACUCCUUUCCAGCCCGCUCCCGGCGCACAGAACGGCGUGUCGGUCGGCACUGAUGGCGCCAUCUUGACCGGCUCGCAAACCUUCCCUCGUGGCCACAAGGGCGCUCGACGCGGUGGCGCCUCCAUGAGUGGUAGCUUCGGUUCGCGAGCUGACUUCAGCAAGCGCUCAACCGAGCGUCCUGCUUGCCACUUCUUCGCCCGCUCCGCCUGCAAGCACGGUGAGGACUGCCGCUUCCCCCACAUCCUGCCUGAUGGCACCGACAUGCGUGGUCCUAAUGCUGGCCGUCCGAGUCACUCGAUCGAGGCAGCUCGCGGCAUCAACCGCGCUCUUGCUGCCAAGAGCGCCAGAGGAUCGACCAUUGGCUCAAUGGCCAACGGCACCUCUGCUGCUCAGUCGAGCACAGCCGCUAUCAGCGACAGCAACGGUCUUCCUGCUGUCCCCACCAACGUGACCGUGUCGACGUCUCCUGCGUCGGCGCAGACCACAAUCCGUAAUGCCGACGAGGCGGGAGUUGACAAGCCCGCUUCAACGGACAAGGCUACGUCGCGAGCCGAUACCGCUGAGCAGAAGCCUGCGGAAACCACCGCUCCCACACCCUCUGCUACCUCGGCUGCCAAGAAGGAGCAGAGUCAUGGUGCCAAGCCUGCCAACACUGAUGCUGCUUCUAGCUUGGCGCCAAAGGACAACAACUCAAAUGGUGCUGUGGUUGGCAAGAGCGAGCCCAAAAAUGAAAACACCGCCAACGGCAAGCGUUCAGCUGCUGCCGCUGCUGCAGCCGCUGCCGGCAAGUCGGAUGAGGCCAAGCCUGCGGCGACUCUUGCGGCUACUGGCGACCGUAUGCCUGCUUCGAUUCCCUCAAAGCCUGUUGUCAAUGGCAAUGCCAAUGGUCACGUAGCUGUCAACCGACAGAACGGUGCCAAGCCGCAGCCUAAUGGCAUUCAGGGAGGCAAGGGCCACCAGAACCAGCAGAACGGCGCUCGUCCACGCUCCAACCAGACCAGCAACGGUCGCGCCAACGGUCAGGCUGGUCAAAACGGGUCCGGGCAGAAGAAGUCUGUGACUCAGCAGCGUCUGCCCAGCGCCGAUGAUUUCCCUGCGCUGUCCAAUGGCCUCGGCGCCUCGGCACCUUCUUCGUCCUCGUCGGCCGCUCUUAACUCCAGCGCCAAUGGCACUGCCAAGCCCAACUUUUCGGCGAUUCUGUCGGCACCUGCGCCCGUCAAGAAGCAGCCUGAGGCUGCCAAGGAGACCGAGCCAGCUGCAGUUGAUGACAAGGCCACUGCCGACGCGGCAUCUGCAAGCACGGCCGAGACCAAGUUAAACACCGCAGCUCCUAAGCAGUCGUCUUCGGCUGUCAACGGUACGGGUACGGGUGCUCCGAUGCUCGACUUCGCUGCGGUGGUGCAGUCAAACCCUGUUGCUGUCUAA